GUGCAAUGCCAUGAUUUAAAAUCGUUAUGAAAUGGAAGAGGAAAUACAGAAGUUGAAGAUACAACUUGAGUUAAAAGAGCAAGAAAACAGAAGAUUAAAAGAGAUAUUGAAAAUUCCAAAUGCAUACCCAUGCACAUAUGAUGUAGAACUAGAGUCAAGGACAUCUUUAACAAAUGCAGAAAUUGGAAGAUAUAGUAGACAGUUAAUCCUUCCAGAGAUUGGUGUUCAAGGACAAUUGAAGUUAGCUAAUACCUCUGUACUGGUGGUUGGUGCUGGGGGCUUGGGAUGUCCAGCUGGAAUUUACCUUGCAGCAGCUGGAUUGGGAAGGAUAGGAAUUGUAGACUAUGAUGAAGUAGAACUGUCAAAUUUACACCGUCAGAUUCUUCAUACCGAGGGAAAAGUAGGUGUGGCUAAAUCUUCAUCAGCUGCUUCAGCAUGUAGUCAGCUGAAUUCCCUUGUGCAAUGUGUACCCUACAGAGUACAGCUUGACAGCUCCAAUGCUCUACAGAUCAUUAAGAAUAUUACAUUCUUAACACUGUGUAUCUAUGACAUUGUGUUGGAUGCAAGUGAUAAUGUUGCCACUCGAUAUCUACUAAACGAUGCCUGCAUCCUGUCUAAGAAACCACUGGUAUCAGGAAGUGCCCUCCGAUUUGAAGGACAGUUGACAGUUUAUGGUUAUAAAGGUGGACCCUGCUACAGAUGUUUGUACCCCAAACCCCCACCCCCUGAAACUGUCACAAACUGCUCUGAUGGUGGAGUUCUUGGAGUUGUACCUGGAAUAAUUGGAAGCAUGCAAGCACUGGAGGCCAUUAAAAUAGCUUGUGAAAUGGGAUCCUCAUUUUGCCAAAAAAUGCUUUUGUUUGAUGGCCAGGAAGGAACAUUUAGGACUAUCAAACUGCGAUCGAAACAGCCUUCAUGUAUUGUAUGUGGAGACCAUCCAGAAAUUACAGAAUUGAUUGAUUAUCAGCAGUUCUGUGGUGCUCGGGCAGAUGAUAAGGAAAAGUCUUUGCAUCUUCUAGAAACGGAGAAUAGAAUCACUGUACAGGAGUACAAGCAGAUUCUAGACUCUGGACAGAAGCAUGUGUUGAUUGAUGUCAGGAUGCCGGUGGAAAUGGAGAUAUGCCAGCUUCCCACUGCGGCUUAUAAUUUACCAGUAAAUUGUGUGGAGAGAGGAGACAACUUAGCUAGCCUGAAAGAUCACAUCCAAUCUAGAUCAGCUGGUGAACAGUCUUUUCCUGUUUAUGUUGUCUGCAGAAGAGGAAAUGAUUCACAAAUUGCUGUCCAAAAACUCAAGAACCAUUUUAAAUCAGAAUCCAUUCAGUUUAAGGACAUUGCUGGCGGGCUUUACGCAUGGGCAAAACAUAUAGACAUCAAUUUUCCUGUUUAUUAAUUCAAAUGAAAAUAAUAUAACAAAAUGACAA